GCCCCCCCAGCCGCCGGCACGGCCCCGCCCCCGCUGCCCCGGUGGUGGCCCGCGGCCCCCCGGCUGCCCUCGGUCAAGCUGGAGUCGCUGAAGCGCUGGAACGAGGAGCGGGGCCUCUGGUGCGAGAAGGGGGUGCAGGUGCUGGUGACCACGGUGGGCGCCUUCGCCGCCUUCGGCCUCAUGACCAUCGCCAUCAGCACCGACUACUGGCUGUACACGCGCGCCUUCAUCUGCAACACCACCAACCUCACGGCGGGCGACGACGGGCCGCCCCACCGCGGCGCCCCCGCCGAGAAGAAGGACCCGGGGGGCCUCACGCACUCGGGCCUCUGGCGGAUCUGCUGCCUGGAAGGGCUGAAAAGAGGUGUCUGCGUGAAGAUCAACCAUUUCCCGGAGGACACUGACUACGACCAUGACAGCGCGGAGUAUCUGCUCCGAGUGGUGCGGGCCUCCAGCAUCUUCCCCAUCCUCAGCGCCAUCCUGCUGCUGCUGGGGGGCGUGUGCGUGGCGGCCUCCCGCGUCUACCGGUCCAAGAGGAACAUCGUUCUGGGGGCAGGAAUCCUGUUCGUGGCAGCAGGCCUGAGCAACAUCAUCGGGGUCAUCGUGUACAUCUCGGCCAACGCGGGCGAGCCGGGCCCGAAGCGGGACGACGAGAAGAAGAACCACUACUCGUACGGCUGGUCCUUCUACUUCGGCGGCCUGUCCUUCAUCCUGGCCGAGGUGAUCGGCGUGCUGGCCGUCAACAUCUACAUCGAGCGCAGCCGCGAGGCGCACUGCCAGUCCCGCUCGGACCUGCUCAAGGCCGGCGGGGGCGCGGGCGGCAGUGGCGGGAGCGGCCCCUCGGCCAUCCUCCGUCUGCCCAGUUACCGCUUCCGCUACCGCCGCCGCUCCCGCUCUAGCUCCCGCUCCAGCGAGCCGUCGCCGUCGCGGGACGUGUCUCCGGGCGGCGCCGGGGCCCCCGGCUUCCCCUCCACGGACAUCUCCAUGUACACGCUCAGCCGCGACCCGUCCAAGGGCAGCGUGGCCGCGGGGCUGGCGGGCGCCGGCGGCGGAGGCGCGUUCGGCGGCGCGGCCGGGGGCUCGGCCGGGGGCGCGGGCGGCGGCGGCGGCGGGGCGGGCGCCGAGCGGGACCGCGGGGGGACGUCGGGCUUCCUCACGCUGCACAACGCCUUCCCCAAGGAGGCGGGCGGCGGCGUCACGGUCACGGUCACCGGGCCGCCCGCCGCGCCCGCGCCCGCCCCGCCCGCGCCCUCGGCGCCCGCCCCCGGGACCCUGGCCAAGGAGGCCGCCGCCUCCAACACCAACACGCUCAACAGGAAAACCACGCCGGUGUAGGGGCGCGCGGGGGGGCGCCGGGCGCGUGCGCGGGCGCGCGUGCAACGAGGCUGCUGGGGAGGUCGGGGCGCCCCCUCCUUCCCCGGGGAGCGCGCUGGAGACUGCUGGGCCUUCCCCCCGCGCCCCCUCCCCCCAGGUGUGGGGGAUCGCCCCCCCCACCCUCGGAUCAGGGACCCCAAGGGAGGGGGACAGGAAGGGAAGGGGCCGCGCGAGGGAGCGUCGUGUUUUAUUUUUGUUGUGGGAUUGGGUGGGGGAGGGAGGGCCGUGGUGUUUUUUGCAGUUUUGAGAUGUUUUUCUUUUCCAUGUUUUUGCUGUGUGCAUGUGGGGGCGGGGGGAGGGAGGGACUCCCAGCCCAGCCCAACUCCUGGAGAGGGGCCCAUAACACACAAAUAUAUAGUUCUACCGACAAACUAUAUAUAUAUAUAUGCUCUCUAUAAGGAGACAGGGAAAGAGAAGGGACGCGGGAAGGCGGAGGGACGAGGCCUGGACGUGGACUUUGCCGUGCAUGAUCCUGCAAGGGUUCAUGAAGCACCUACUGUGUACCAGGGCGGCGCUCUGAGGGAUAUAAACAGGCCUGGAAAGCGACUUGUGCAGUCAUUGCCAGCAGUUUAUUCGUGCACUGAAGCGCUAGGCAUCGUGCUGAGCCUACAGAAGGGAUGAAAACGGACAGGGUCCCCUCCUCAUAGGGUUAACAACUUGUGCGUUGAUCGAGCAACGGUGUCCACAAACAGCAAAUUACAAUGAGGACCUAGGAAAAGUCCAAAAUGCUACAGUAGGCUCCAUCAGGGGGGCUGAAGCCAGUUUAAAAGGAAAGGAUAUUGUUGCACACACGGAGAAGAUGACAAGCAGCCAGGUGGCGCUGGGGGGGUGGGGGGGGAGUGUUUCAGCCAGAGAACAGCAUGUGCAAAGGCCCUGGGGCAGCAGGUGCUUCCUUGGAAGGCUCGCGUGUGAGCAGAUGGAACAAGAUGCGGCUGGAGGGAGGCAUUGGCAGGGCCAGACUUCCCAGGGACUCGUAGGUCAGGCCACGCGAGUUUAGAUUUUCUUCUGAGGGCCGUGGGGAGCCGAGGAGUGAAUGGCGCUCGGCGGGAGAGCAACGUAAACGGUGUACAAAGGGGAGGCAGGAACUCGGAGAUGAGAGGCAGAGACAUGCUGGAAGUCGGCAUCAAACACCUGCGCUGGCUCUGGAAACUCACUCGUGGGAGCAGAGCAGUUAAUGACACACAUCCUGACGCACAGGCACCGUGUCUGAUGUGCGGGAGAGGCGCUGGGACUUGGGGAUCCGUGUCAUUCAUUCAUUCGUUCAUUCAUUCAUUCGUUCAUUCAUUCAUUCGUUCAUUCAGCCAUUCACUCGUUGUCGCUGCGCCGCUGCUAGAAGCAGGGUCCCUGGGGGUGAAAACGUGAGGCCGUCAGAAACCACAGUCCAGGCAGGGCGGUUGGUGCAGGGACCCUGUUGGGCACCUGGAAAGGGAAUGGAGCCACCGGCUGCCAGGAGUGGGCAGCACUUAGGGAAACUUCCUGGGGAAGGUCCCACCCCGCCAGGGUCUCAAACAGGCUGAGUAGGAGUCUGCCCGGGAGGAAGGCUGUGGGGCAGAGCCCUGGAGGAGUGAAGCAGCAGCGUGCUGCAUGGGGACAGGGCUCCUAAUGUGGGGGCGCUGAAGGGC